GAUUAAAGUUAUUUCUUCCCGUUACAGGAAAAAGCCAUUAUUUUACCCCUUCAUUAUGAUUACUUACUUGUAUUAAAUAUAGGAUAUGCUAAGAAUAUUCCUUUCUUUAUUAAUGUUUUAAGAUUUAACAGUACGUUAUUUCUAGAAUGUUAUCAUGGCAUUUGGUUUGAGAGAAAUUCCUUUCUCCUGCCUUACAUUUCCUUCAGCAAAAUGGCUUUGGUAUCAGCUGAUUCCAGGAUUGCUGAACUCCUAGGAGAAUUGCACCAGCUUAUCAAACAGACCCAGGAGGAACGAUCAAGAAGUGAACAUAAUCUUGUGAAUAUCCAGAAAACACAUGAAAGGAUGCAGACAGAGAACAAGAUCUCUCCGUAUUAUCGGACAAAAUUACGUGGCCUCUAUACAACAGCUAAGGCUGAUGCAGAAGCUGAAUGCAACAUCCUGCGCAAGGACUUGGACAAGAUUGCUGAGAUUAAGUCUCUUCUGGAAGAACGACGCAUUGCUGCCAAGAUUGCUGGCCUCUACAAUGACUCGGAGCCACCACGCAAAACCAUGCGCCGUGGAGUGCUGAUGACUCUCCUCCAGCAGAGCGCCAUGACUCUUCCAUUGUGGAUUGGGAAGCCUGGAGAAAAGCCGCCUCCCCUUUGUGGUGCCAUCCCCGCCUCUAGUGAUUAUGUGGCCAAACCGGGGGAUAAAGUGGCAGCUCGUGUCAAGGCUGUUGAUGGGGAUGAGCAGUGGAUCUUGGCUGAGGCUGUGAGCUACAAUCAUGCCACCAACAAAUAUGAGGUGGAUGACAUUGAUGAAGAAGGAAAAGAGCGCCAUACCUUGAGCCGACGUCGCAUCAUCCCUCUACCUCAGUGGAAAGCCAAUCCUGAAACAGACCCUGAGGCCUUGUUCCAGAAAGACCAGUUGGUCCUGGCCUUGUACCCCCAAACUACCUGCUUCUACCGAGCCCUUAUCCACACUCCACCUCAGCGGCCCCAAGAUGACUACUCAGUGCUGUUCGAAGAUACCAGCUACGCAGAUGGCUACUCUCCACCCCUCAAUGUAGCUCAGCGCUACGUUGUGGCUUGCAAAGAGACGAAGAAGAAGUGACAUUACCUUCCAGCGGCAGCAUGGUGAGGAACAAGAUCUAUCCAAGUGGACUUCUACAGCAGGACAAUAAAGAAAGCAGGAAGGAACAGAAACCCAUCAAGGGCAGGAGUUUAAUUUAUUAACCUAAGAAGCGUGCAUUCCAGUGCAAGACAGGCGGUUAGCUUUGUUGGAAAUAAUUGCAUAGUUACUUCCCAAAGUCAACUACCAUUGCAGGAAUCAAUAGUUCCUUUGGAAGACGCCAACUAAAACUCUGUGAGUAAAGAAGAGGCAAUCGUUUGGCAUUUGGAGAUUUCUGUUGCUUGGAUUUUUUAAACUUGUCCCUUGCAGCUGUUUUAUUUCAGCUUAGGCUGCCUUCUUGGCAUGCUUAGAAUUAAUAAAGUGCUGUGUACUUUAGAUUCUUUUCCAGUUUUUUCCCCCUGCCAGGAGGAUUGCAAAACCUCCUGCCAUGGAAAGAAGUUGUGGAAUUAAAUCCAGCAAUCAAAACACAAGGACUCGACCUGGAUUUGUGAAUUUCUUAGGGAAAGUAGGUGGGGGAUUUUUAAAAAAAUUUUUUUAGUUUAGGAUGAAAAGAAUGGCUGGGACUUCUGGUCAGCUGUGGAAGAUAGUUUUAGUAAUUGUUUCUAUUGCACCUUUUCAUCCUUCACUCAGUUAUAUCACCACUUCAGGAAAAACUGUAAAUCAAAGGGGUGUUGGAAUUCCAGCAGUAUCUUAUUUCAAGGAUUGGAUCAUUUUCAAAACUGGGGGCAGUGAUUUCAAAAUACUCUUAAAACAGCAGAUUGUAUAAUUUUAUUUUAUUUAUUACAUAAAUAGUAACAAAUUAUUUAAACCACACAAGAAUAAAAAUACAAAAAGCAAAGUAGAAAAUAAGUAACUACUAAUAAAAGCUUACAUAAUGAAAAAAAACUUGUUGGUAAUGCAUUUGGUAAUGAUUGUAUGAUUUUUUUGAAGUCGGACAACAAUCUGGACAGGUAUUUGAAGUACUAUGUCAAAGCAGAGUGUACCUAUAUAACAUUUUAAAAACUCUUACUGGUAAAUGCAAAGACCAGACAGGGGUGGCUCUCAGUCUCUACAAUUCUCACUUGGAAGAUUUAUGGAGCUGGAAAUUAUAUUUCCAAAAAUGGGGAAAUGACAAACAUUUGAUUUCUUUCUUCUUCCCUGACAGUUUUGGGAGAAUCCUUAUAGAGUGUAACACCAAUCUCCAUCUAAUGAAACUCAGUUUGCAUCCCAAAGAUUUUCUCUCACAACAUCAGAUAAUGCCAGCUAACUCAGAUCAGAGAUUUUUUUUCUUUCACUUCACCAAUCUUUUUUUUUUUAAUUUGACUGGAAAUUAUCCUGAUCAAGAAUUCUUAGAAACUUAAAAGCUUACAACAAUUUCAUAAAAGUUUUUGGCCUAAUAAAAAUAUUGAUAAACUUAGGGGAAAAUGGUUACUAUGUUUUAGGACAGUAUUGUGAGGUGUUUAUACAAACGCUAAAAAUGGAUUCUAGCUGGUGUCAGCUAGGAAAGGCUUUUUUUCUACCAAACUUUUGAAGUGAUUUUCUGUUUAGGAACAGAAUAAAUAGCUGUCAUGGAAAUGUUUUAUGUGACACUUGUUGAGGAAAUGGAAAGGAAGUGCAUGGUGCAGUGCUCUUCAGUAAAUCAGGCUUUGGAUUCACAAUAAAUACAACUGAUUUAACACUCUUAAAUCUUACCUGGUAACCUUGAGCCGGCUACCACCUGUCAGUCUCGUCCUGUUUCAGGUGGUUGUGAGAGGACAGGAACGGUUGGGAGGGAAGCAGGGACCCAAGGUUGCUGUCCUGAAUAGAAUUGAACACUGGACCACCACUUUGUAAGGCUAGUGCUGUCAUUGCUGACCUUGGGACUCUUCUCUUGGUACUGCAGAGUCUGGCAACAAUUUAAUGCCUCCAACUUUACAUGCUUUCCUUUAAAGCCUAAUUUUUUUUUCUCCCCAUUGCUUGAUUCAGAAAUGAAUGUUCUCUGAUUUCUCAUUGUGUAUGUCAGCUCCAUGUCUUUCUGUUGGGUACUGAACUUUAUCCCGUGGCUUUUUAAGCUCAUUAAAGUCCAUGAAAUACUUUA